AACCGAUUUUGUUCUUUUUUAGUAAUAAUACCUUGUUAUUCUACUAAAAUCUGAUUUUGUUCUUUUAAAUUAAAUAUUAAUUUUUAUACAGCUUUAACGUAAUUUGCUCCCACUGACCCCUGCCAAAUAUUCAAAUAAAUACUAAUAAAAAAAAAGGAAAAUCAGAAUUCAGAAACAAGGCAGAUAAUUCUGACUUCUGCCCUAUGAGCAUAAAUUCCUCCGUGAUUCUCCCACCCUUACUGAAACCAUUCUUUUCUCGUGCUUUUCUUUGUUCAGUGACUUCUGCUCUCAUUCUCACUCACUCAGACCUUUUCUUUGUUCAGAGACAAAAACAGAGCAUCCGCUUUCUGCUCUUGUUACAUUCCGAAUACAAAUAAGAACCUAACCCAAUUACGGAUGUAUCAAAUUAUCAAUUAUCAUGCACCUCUAAUUCCUCAUGUAAUCCAAAAUGGAUUUCUUCUUCGAAAUCCCCCACGCAACUAUUCUCUUUUAUCAAGCCCUCCCCCCUCCACCCAAAGCCUGAGACUGUAUUCCCACCCCAGUAGCAUAAGCAGAAAGCCGGCUACUGUUUUAUCAUUAAUUGCCCCUUUCGAAGAUUUCCCGUUUCCUGAACCUAUACGUCUCUCUCUCUCUCUUCCAGAAACUAAACCCAUUUAAAUUAAACCCCUUGAAGGAUUUCUCUUCUCCUAAAAAAUGACACAUCAUCGCACGAUUCGCUCCCUGUUAGUUCUUUUCUCUGUUUUGCUCCUCUUCCUCCUCCCUUGUUUUCCGGCCACCUCUCUUACAGAAGACGCUAUCUUCUUACACCGAGUUAAGAAUUCUCAUCUCGAUGAUCCCACCGGUAGCCUCAACGAUUGGAAUCUAACCCCGCAAGUCGCUAACAUUACUCCCUGUAAUUGGACUGGCAUUGUCUGCGAUCCUCUUUCCCUCUCCAUUAUCUCUAUCGACCUCUCAGGACUCCACAUCUACGGCUAUUUUCCUGCUGAUUUCUGCCGCAUUCCCACCCUUCAGAACCUCUCCCUCGCUGAUAAUUUCUUCAACGGUUCCCUUACUUCUGCUUCCAUUUCUUCCUGCUCCCACCUUCACCAUUUGAAUCUCUCCCUCAACUUGUUCGUCGGUAACUUACCCGACUUCACUCCCGAUUUUGUCAACUUGCGCUCCUUGGAUCUCUCGUUUAACAACUUCUCCGGCCACAUUCCCCCGAGCUUCGGCCGUUUUCCCAACCUCACUAUCUUCUGUCUACAAGAAAACCUGCUCAAUGGUAUCAUCCCCGCCUUCCUUACCAAUCUCACCCAGCUCACUAGAUUAGAACUGGCUUACAACCCUUUCGCCCCAGGUCCCUUGCCAUUGCAUAUUGGAAACCUCACCAUGCUAGAAAAUCUAUGGCUUCCUAAAUGUAAUCUCGUCGGAGAGAUUCCAGAUUCUUUAGGAAAUCUUGUUUCGCUCAGAAAUCUCGAUCUUUCCGACAACUAUCUUUCCCACAGGAUACCGGAGAGCAUUGGAGGAUUGAAGAGCGUACAGCAGAUUGAGCUCUUCAAUAAUCUCUUCUACGGUGAAUUGCCGGACAAUCUCGGAAAUCUCACUGCGCUAAAAUGGUUUGAUGCAUCUCAGAACAAUCUUACCGGAAGAUUGCCCGGUAAAUUAGCUGGUCUACAUUUGGUUUCCCUAGCUCUAAACGACAAUAACUUGGAAGGCGAGAUUCCGGAGAUUUUAUCUUCGAACCCUGGGCUUGCACAACUGAAGCUCUUCAACAACAGUUUUUCCGGCACUCUACCUUUGGAUUUAGGCCGGAAUUCAAAUCUUGAAGACUUCGAUGUUUCCAGCAACAGUCUCGUAGGAAAGCUGCCCCCAUAUCUGUGCUACCGUGGGAAGCUUCAACGCCUGGUCGCUUUCAACAAUCGGUUUUCUGGAGAACUCCCGGAACAAUACAGUGACUGCAAAAGUCUCACGUACGUGAGGAUCUUCGAUAACGAACUUGAAGGAAAGGUACCGGAUGGAAUUUGGAGCCUCCCCAGGCUAUAUUUACUUGAAAUGUCCAACAACGGUUUCGAAGGAUCGGUUUCUCCUGCAAUUUCCGGCGCUCAGAAUCUCACGAAAUUAUUGAUCUCUGGUAACAAUUUCUCUGGCGAGAUUCCGGCGGAGAUUUGUGGUUUGCAAACGCUUCAAGUUAUCGACGGAAGCAGAAAUAGAUUCUCCAGUGAGCUUCCGUCAUGUAUAACCGGAAUUAGGCGAUUAAAUAAGUUGGACCUCCAAGAGAACUUGCUCUCGGGAGAGAUUCCGGACAAAUUAAGUUCUUGGAAUGAUUUAGUGGAGCUCAAUCUAUCGAACAACAAAUUCUCUGGCAAAAUUCCAAGCGAGCUUGGUAUGUUACCGGUCCUAACGUACCUAGAUCUAUCUAGAAACCUACUUUCCGGGGCAAUCCCGGCGGAGCUAACCAAACUGAACCUCAACAAAUUCAAUCUCUCGGACAACAAGCUGAGCGGCAAAAUUCCUAGUGGUUUUGCUUACAAUGUAUACGCGGAUAGCUUGGACGGGAAUCCUAAUCUCUGCAGUGUGGAAUCAGUAAAACCAUUCCCUCGGUGCCCGAAAGUAAAAUCCGCCACCGCCUGGUUUCUAGUUGCAGUUUUCGCUUCCUUGGCUUUGUUACUUGUGUUGGUUAUUUUCUGGUUGUAUAAGAGCAGGGUGGAGGAAAUUGGCGGGGAAACAAAGUCGCCAUGGAAGCUGACAUCAUUCCACCGGCUGAGUUUCAAGGAGGAGGAGGUGUUUUCUUCACUAACAGAGGAAAACCUGAUCGGAACGGGAGGAUCAGGUCAGGUGUAUAGGGCGAAGCUGAAAUCCGGACAGAUGGUGGCGGUGAAGAAGCUGUGGGAAGGUAGCGGGAGACCGAAGACAGACGUAGCGUUCCGGUCGGAGGUGGAGACGUUGGGGAGAAUCAGGCACGGCAACAUCGUGAAACUGUUGUUCAGUUGCACUAGCGAGGGCGACGACUGUAGGGUGUUGGUGUACGAGUACAUGGAAAAGGGGAGCUUGGGAGAGCUUCUGCAUGGGGAAAAGGGUGGGAUCCAGCUGGACUGGCCCAAGAGGUUCAAAAUAGCGGUGGGGACGGCACAGGCGUUGGCGUAUCUCCACCACGACUGUGUGCCGGCCAUCGUCCACCGGGAUGUUAAGUCCAACAACAUUUUAUUGGACAAUGAAUUCAAUCCCCAUGUGGCUGAUUUUGGGCUGGCGAGGACGUUGCAGCGGGAGGUCUGCGACGGCGAUGGUGAACUCGUUACGUCUCGGGUAGCGGGUUCUUAUGGCUACAUUGCCCCGGAGUAUGCGUACACUUUCAAGGUGACGGAGAAGAGCGACGUUUACAGCUUCGGAGUCGUGUUAAUGGAGCUGGUGACGGGUAAGAGGCCGACAGACCCGUCGUUUGGGGAGAACAAGGACAUGGUGAAGUGGGUAACGGAGGCUGCAGUCGCCGCCUGUAAGGAAGACACAGAAUUAUUGGUUAAGAAGGUUAUAGAUGCAAGGAUGAAUGUGGAUAGUUGCGAUUACCAGGAAAUAAACAAGGUAUUGAACGUGGCUCUUCUGUGUACUUCAACCUAUCCUCUGAGCCGGCCUACCAUGAGAAGGGUGGUUGAGUUGCUCAAGGAUCACACAUCUGUUGGUUAUUCUGGCCUACCGCCUUGUAUCAAAUGAUCAUCUCUUUCUUUGAUUUCUUAUCCUAUCCUUUGUUUUUUUUUUUUUUUUGUCGAUGCAUGGAGCAAAAACAAUUCCUUUAGACGUGUACAGAUAUACAACUGUAUCGUCCAGAUAUGAAUACAUAGAAAUCAACAAGAUCCCAUUAA